AUGGAUUUACUACCACCAGAAAUCAUCAUCCAUACUCUCAAAUACUUAUCGCUGGCCGAUCUCGUACGAGCUGAGCGUACCUGUAAAUCCAUGCAAGCAUUUUGUCAUUGGGAGAUUGAACAUCGCAUUACUACCGGUCCAUUGAAGAAUGAUUGGGGUGUAUUGGUUCAUCUUGAUCAAGCCAAUGCCACUGCUACUCAUUUUGAUACAAAGACUCGUCAAGUCACCUAUAAGAUUGAAAUGGAAAAGCCUAUUCAGAUCAAAACCAUGUUUGACCACCGCCGUCAAAUCCAAUGCUCGUUGUUACGUCGUAAUCAGUAUCGCGAAGAUUUUGUGUUCACAGUCGAAAAAGGCAUCUCAGAAGGUGCCACUAUUCCCGUGGCUGCAAGCGGCGCUGAUCUAUGUCAAGUCAACGGUGCACUGACCCGUGUCAGCCCUAUCAAUCAUUCAUCUAAUGACGAUGGUGCAUACGAUAAGAAACGACUAUUAGCACCUUCGCCUCUCGUUUAUUCUUUGCAACUCACUCAAAUGCAAAUUCCUCUUUCCACCAUCGCCGCCCAGUGA